GGUGAACAAAAGAUAGAAGGCCAGUCGCUAAUGGUCGCCCGUGGAACUUCAUCAUAAAAUAGAUGAUAAUAUCCAAUACUAUGUUCUUUUACCAUCUACAAACAAUACCUAUAAUUGAUAUCCAUUUUCAGGUAGCAGUAUCUUUUUAUAGCUGUAUUGAUCGGACCUUACGAGUGACCGGUCAGAAUAUAAAGGUUCUACUCCAAUAUGUUUCCAAAGCAGCAAACCUGAAAAUUUUAAACUUGCAAGAAUCACGCACUAGAGUAUUUUUAAGGCCUAGAUUUUCACAUUAAAAUUGUAAGCUGUAUGACUAAGUUUUAGAAUCGGCCAAGAAAAAGGAAACCUUUCAACCGCGUUUCGAUAGGCAUUUUGGUCUGUAUGUACGUGAUGUAAGUCCUUAAGUUUGACUGAGAGUUGGUCCCACGACGACAACAAAAAAAACUGCAAUAAGACACCGGUUCCGGAUGUGGGAAAUCACGUUGAAUGGAGAGCAGAGAGGAAACAGAACUGACGGAAAAGAAUAAGGUGUACACCACUCACUAUCGAGACAGCCCCUUCAAAAUUUUUUGAACACGGAAGGCUUUACAAACUAGGACAAAGAGAGACGACGCUGAUGUUGAAGUCAGCUCUAGUUGGCAAACAGGAAACGGCUUUCUGUCAUGCAGAUUUUUAAGAACAACAAAGCCCUAUGACUAGUUCCCAGGUCAUCUGCUACAUCACGGUCAACAUUUAGACCAGGUUGACACUUGAUGAACUCUUCGCACGAAACAAAAUGUCAGUAGCUGGUUUGUAUAUUUUUGGUCUGCUCGAUGGAGCUGCACUCCUCUUUCUCACGGUAUUUUUUAUAAUUAAUCUAUCUGACUUAGAAUGCGAUUAUAUCAAUGCAAGGACGUGCUGCGAUCGUUUGAACAUUUGGGUUAUCCCAGAACUUAUUGCACAUGGCCUCAUAACCAUGUUGUUACUAGGUUAUUUUCAGUGGAUAUUCUUUCUCUUGAAUCUCCCACUUAUGGUUUGGAACUUUUACAGGUUUAUUAACAAGCCACCAGGGAAUCUUGGCCUUUAUGAUCCUGCAGAAAUCCAUAACAGGAGUCAACUAAAGGGUUUCUUGAAGGAAUCGAUGAUAAAGCUGGCAUUUCACUUGAUCUUCUUCUUUCUAUAUUUAUACAGUAUGAUAUCAGCACUGCUGGCAGACAGUGAUGAAGAGAAAGCGGCAACUGAGCUGUAGGACAGUGGCUUAAUCUCUAUCUUCCAUUUUCUUUGCAACUAUCCUUGGAGUGCAUAUAACAUCAUAGCCACCAUAUAUACGAUGACGAUGAAUAUAUUCAUCGUAUACAAAGUCAACCAUUUUGGUUGACUUUGACAGAAGUUAAGGUCUAGUCUUUCGUCAUGUAAACCAACAUGACAACCACGUGUUUUGUCCUUUUAUUCUCAUGGGAAGGGACGCACGUUGCCAAUUUGAUGCUAAAAAUAGACCAUCCCCAUUUGCUUGUGUGCCUCCAGUCAAGGUUGAACUUGACAAAAUAUAGUAAAUUUCUCAAAACAUCGAGUCCUACCUUAACUUGGAGCCAAUGUUUCAUGUUCAUUCAUGUGAACUCAAAUCCAGAGCUUAAAAUAACAGCCAAUAAGUCAUCAUUAUUGGCCAUUAUAAUUGGCCAUUAUUUUUAAGCCCUGGGAAUGGUCUAUUGAUAGGUUAAGACAUAAUUUUCAAAUAAGUAAAUAAGUAAAUAAAGAAAAGUAUAGGAUUAAUACUAGUCUUUUAUAAUACCUGUGUCUACAUACAUUGUAUUUUCUACAUCCUAUUUCUUACUUUUACAUAAAUCAUUUUUUCUUUGUUCCUCUAAUAUUUUCAAAUAUGUACCUAGUGGAUUAAAUUCUAUAAUAACCUAUAAAAGUGUUACAGUCGAAAUAUCUUACUUUUUGUUGUUUUUGUUUUGUUUAGAUUGUUGGAAUAUUUUUUAAAUCCUGUAUUCCUAUAAUAAAAUUGCGUUUCUGUUUUCCAAGACCCAGACCCAUAAUAUUAAAAGUUAUUCUAGAGCUUGUUAUUAAACUUGUCAUAACCUACGUGGGAUUUUUGCUGCAAUAAAGUAGAUUUUGAUGGAUGGCAAUCAAUUUUCAUGAUGACAUAGGGGUUUGAAAAWUUUUUUUUCAA